UCAUCAUUAUCAUCAUCAUCAUCCUGCAAACUGCAGGGGAGGAGGAGAUGAGCUCACAAGGAUACUGAAACUUUAGCUUUUCACUUUCACUGCUCUGUAAACAUCCUGAUCAUGAAGGAUUUUAUCUGUUGAAGUUGUAGUUUUUAUGUUCAUGAUGGGAUCUCGCGCCUUUCGCGCUUUGCGUUAUCUGCGCGUCUGCUCCUUGCUGUUCCUCCUGCAAGCUGCCCAAACUCAGAGGACCCCGGGAAGGAGUGAGCAGAGGGGGGCUCUCCGGCAAACGCUGCAGUGGUCCCACAACGGGAAGGUCUUCAGCAUUCUGAGCCAGGGCUCGCAGUACGAGCCGCCGAAGCGCAGAGGAGGCGCGCCGCAGGAGCAGCCAGCGCAGCCGCGACCCGUCGCCAUCGUCCGGGAUGAGGAGGCGAAACCUCAGGAUGCCCGGAGUCAGCCGGUGGUCCAGACGCCGUCGCUCCAGAGGCUCCUGAGAGGGCAGCAUCCUCCGCGUCAGGGUCCCGGGCGGCGCGCGGAGGCGCACGACGAGCGCAAAGUCAACGACACCCAGGUGGUCCAGGAGAAGGUCAACACGACCCGACCUCGGCGCCCGAUCGAAGACAUGAUGGUCGGCGAUGAUCCGUACGACCCCUACAAGUCCAGCGACCCUGAUAAUCCUUAUUACAAUUAUUACGAUGUUUAUGAGAGACCCAGGCCCAGAUCCAGACCCGGAUAUGGCACAAGUUACCAUCAGUACGGUCUUCCUGAUCUUGUACCUGAUCCAUACUACAUCCAGGCCUCUGCUUAUGCCCAAAGAGUCCCCAUGUACAACCUGAGAUGUGCUGCAGAGGAAAACUGUUUGUCAAGCUCAGCCUACAGAGCGAGAGACUACGACACCCGGAUGCUGCUGAGGUUUCCCCAGAGAGUGAAGAACCAGGGGACCGCCGACUUCCUCCCCAACAGGCCACGUUACUCCUGGGAGUGGCACAGCUGCCACCAACACUACCACAGCAUGGACGAGUUCAGCCACUACGACCUGCUGGAUGCCACCACUCAGAGGUCGGUGGCAGAGGGCCACAAGGCCAGCUUCUGCCUGGAAGACACCACCUGUGACUACGGAUACUACAGGAGAUACGCUUGCACUGCACACACACAGGGCCUGAGUCCAGGAUGUUAUGACACAUACAACGCAGACAUCGACUGCCAGUGGAUCGACAUCACAGAUGUGAAACCAGGACAGUACACCCUCAAGAUAAGUGUGAAUCCAUACUAUCAGGUACCAGAAUCAGACUACAGCAAUAAUAUUGUGCGCUGUGACGUCCGCUACACUGGGAGCUACGCCUACGUGUCAGGUUGUCACAUGUCGACAUAUUAAGAAGCAACAAAUCGACAGAAAGUCUGCAGCUCUGGAAACGACAAUGAGGACUGCCUGCAGGGACGUGCAAGAUCACAUGAAAUAAGAAGAUAUUAAAUAUUCAUAUGGUGCCAGGGGAAAAAAACUGACAAAUAAUACAAAUACCUCUAGUAGUAGCAGAUCUUUUUUCUUUGUUUCUUGGAGAGAGCGGUUUAAUUCUUCUCACUACGAAGUUUAUUUACAUUGUUUUUCAUUUCUUAACAAAAUAAUUCUGUGCACUUGCAUUUUAAGACACAUAAGGAGUUAAAACCAAAAAGUUUAUAAAGAAAACUUAAAAUAAAACAUUAUUAAAUCUAUACUCAGCUGAUCAAACUGUUCAAAAGCUUUUGAUAGAACUUGCACAAAAAAGUUUUCUAAAAUUGUUUUGUCUAUUUUAAAAUACUUUCCUUUAUCUUUGUUUCCUAUAAAUUUUCUUUUUCACAAACACAGAUUUAUGUUUUUCUGCAGUUAUGACUUCAAGUGUGUAAAUGUUUCCUCGAACAGUACUGAAGUGAUGUUUUCAGCAGACUCUUGGUGCUAUUCUGACUUUGGACUUCUGCAUGGAAAUAAAAUCUGUAUCCCCUGUUUUCCUUCAACCUCACCAGAACAUUCUGACUUCACAGCUGGUUUUAUAAUGCAGGUUUGCCUGAUGAUCCAAUUGUGUCAAAAGACCUGUUAUAGUACCAUCCUGUUGUACUAAUAAAAAUCUCUGGUAACAUACGUAUAUGUACGUCUUACCAAAAUGUUCCCUGGGUUGACACAUUUCCUCAGGAGCCACGGUGAACGUGUUGCUAAAGUUUUUACAGCUCAUCAGGCCUAUGAUGCAAUGAGUCUUUACUAACUUCUUGUUUAAGUCGACACUCACAGAUUGUACAUACGUGUGUCAUGACUUUAAAUAAAGGCACAAAAGCUGAAGACAUGAAA